UUGUUUAGAAUCUUCACAGAAGGAUGCAUUACCAAGCGGCGUCGGCAGCGGCUGAGGCGUGGGGAUACGUGGCUGCGGCGAGAGGGGCGACGAUGGACGCGCUGGAGCGGGUGGAGCGGCUGGCGGGGGAGAGCGCGGUCGUCAUCUUCAGCGUCAGCACCUGCUGCAUGUGCCACGCAGUGAAGCGGCUCUUCUGCGGCAUGGGGGUGAGCCCCAUGGUGGUGGAGCUGGACGAGGACCCGCGCGGCGGGGAGAUGGAGCGCGCCCUCGCUCGGAUCCUUGGUGGCGGAGGAGCGGCAGUGGCAGGAAGCGCCGCCGUGCCUGUGGUGUUCAUCGGCGGGAAGCUUGUGGGGGCCAUGGACCGGGUCAUGGCCGCCCACAUCAACGGCACCCUCGUGCCCCUCCUCAAGGAUGCCGGCGCUCUCUGGCUCUGAACCCACAGCCUCAAAACCACGAACGGUAUGAUCGGUUCGCGUCUUCCUCUUAUAAUGCAGCUACAGAUUACCAACUUUUUCAUUUAAUAUGACUUCGUUUUCUAUCUAAUAUUGGUUACUUAACAAGGUUUAAAAGAGAGAGAGUGAGAGAGAAAGAGAGAGAGAAUGCGUGUGUGUGUGUUUGUGCGAGAGAGAGGGAAGGGAGGUUGGUUUUUUGGGUCCUCCAUUUUGGGUACAAGAUGAUUGAUAUGCAAAGGCUUUGCUUGUAUUACCUUCUUCUA